AUGGUUGGGCGAGGGCGACAAAAGACUGAGCUAAAGUUGGUAGAGAAGAAGGAAUCGAGAUUAGUUUGCUUCAGCAAGCGCCGCACCGGUCUAUUCAAGAAGGCCAGGGAACUAUCAACUUUGAGCGGUGCUAAAAUCGGAGCCAUUGUGUUCUCCCCUGCCGAUAAGCUCUACACCAUGGAAGCUCCAACCCUAGACUCCCUCCUUGGCUGUCUAAAGGAGAAUGAAUCAGAUUCAACAACGAAGUCAGAAUUUGUUGAUGUCACGAACGGAAAAGAGGCGCCUUUUUGGUGGGAUAUACCUCAAGUGGAGGCCAUGAGUUAUGAAGAGCUUCUACAAUUUCAGAGAGCAUUAUUGGAUUAUAGCGAGAGGAAGUUUGGGAAAUUAGAGAAUUUUAAAGAACGAUUGUUGCAGGGUAAGCAACAAGAGUCAGAUGAACGUAUACUGCUCAAUCCUCCAACUUUCUAUGGCGAUGACUCUACUGAUCCAAACUUGAAGAUGGAUACAUUGGCCUCCAUAUUUGAUCCAACUUUGAGUUUUGAUGAACAAUGGCUGCAAUGCGUUGAUGACUGGCUGAUGGAAGCUUAA